CAACUACAUGAAGACAUGUAAAAAUACAUCGUUUUCGAGAGCAAUCCCUGAGGACCCAUACUCUCUCGCUCCACUCUCCUCCCACUUCCUCACACACACACACACACUUGGAGGUCUGUAAUGGCUGAAUCUGGUUUGCAACGAUGAAGAUAACCGGUGGCAAAGCAGACCUUCAGGCAAUUGUGUCUGCAAAAGCUCUAAACCCUUCACCAGAUUCAGAUCUUAUAAAAAAAUAUAGUUCUCGUAAACCACCUCGCCGGAAGACUAAGAGCCCCAGAUUUUCCGGCUCCGGAGCCCGGUUGAACAGAGACUUUGGAGCUCCGACGGGUAGACGGAGCAGACCCGAAACUCCUUUGCUUCGUUGGAAGUUCGAUGAAAGGAGACAGAGAGAUGUGGAUGCUAAGGAGGAAAAGUUGUCGCCGGAGAUGUGUCGGAAAAGUGGGCGGAAAGCCGAUAUUGCGGUCUCGGCAAGGAAGCUCGCCGCCGGACUAUGGCGGUUGCAGUUGCCGGAGGUUCCGAACAAUGGCGCUGGUCAAGGAUUAGGGCUUUCUCAGUGUGGAGUCAGUCACUUUGGUGUCCCUGUUCAUGGUCAUCACAGCAGUAAAGCGCAGGGUUCUGAGGUGAAUGAUUCAAUACAGAGUCCUCAUUCCAUCACUGGGCCAAGAAAUGGUUCGUUGUGUAAGCUUGAACCUUCAUAUCAAUUUUCAAACUCUGGACUGGAGGGGGCAACAAAAUGGGAUCCCAUGUGCUGGAAAGCAUCAAAUGAAGCAGAACAGAUAUAUGGCCACCCAAAGGUUCUUGACCAACAAGCGAGUGCAGUCUCAGUGGUGUCCAGACUUGAGGUAGAGCUUGAGCAGGCUCGAGCCCGUAUUCAUGAUCUUGAAAAUGAACGGCGGACAUCAAAGAAGAAACUCGAGCAAUUCUUGAAAAAACUCAGUGAGGAAAGGGCCACAUGGAGGAGCAGAGAACAUGAGAAAAUCCGUGCAAUUAUUGAUGACACCAAAGCUGACUUGAACAGAGAGAGGAAAAAUCGCCAACGGAUGGAAAUGGUUAAUUCCAAGUUGGUCAAUGAAUUGGCUGAUACCAAGUUAUCUGUGAAGCGCCAUAUGCAGGACAAUGAAAAAGAGAGGAAGGCCAGAGAGUUGUUAGAGGAAGUGUGUGAUGAGCUUGCAAGGGAAAUUGGGGAGGACAAGGCUGAAGUUGAAGCGCUGAAGAGGGAAUCCAUGAAACUUCGGGAGGAAGUGGAAGAUGAGAGAAAGAUGUUGCAGAUGGCUGAGGUCUGGCGUGAAGAACGGGUUCAGAUGAAGCUAGUUGAUGCAAAGGUCACACUUGAAGAGAAGUAUAGUCAGAUGAACAGGCUGGUAUCAGAGCUGGAGACUUUUCUAAGUUCAAGAGGAGCAACCCCAGAUGCAGAGGACAUGAGGAAAGCAGAGCUCCUUCGACAGGUUGCUGCCUCGGUAAAUAUUCAAGACAUCAAGGAAUUUACUUAUGAGCCCCCAAACCCGGAGGAUAUGUUCUCUGUAUUUGAAGAUGUUUAUUUUGGUGAACCCAAUGAGAGGCAUAUUGAACCAUGUGUUACAUACAGUCCUGCCAGCCAUGCCUCCAAAAUUCAUACUGUAAGUCCAGAAGUUAACUUAUUUAACAAAGGCACAAUUCAGAGACAUUCUAAUGCAUACGUUGAUCAGAACGGUGAUAUGGAAGAAGAUGAGAGUGGUUGGGAAACAGUGAGCCAUGCUGAGGAGCAUGACUCUAGUUAUUCACCCAACGGGAGUGACCCAUCCGUCAAUAAGAUUCACCGUGACAGCAACGUGUCGGGGAGCGGAACAGAAUGGGAAGAGCACGCUGGUGAGGAGACCCCAAUUACUGAAAUCAGUGAAGUGUGCUCAAUACCAACUAGGCAAUUGAGGAGGGUGUCAUCCAUAUCUCAGCUGAGGAGAUCAUGCCCAAGUAACUGUGAAAACUACAAGAUCAUCACUCUCGAGGGGAAUAAUGGAAGGCUUUCUAAUGGGGCCAUCGUUUCUCCAGAUCGGAUGUCAGGUAAACUUGGGUUUAGCCCCCAAGAUUUGGCUGGAGAAUGGAGCUCACCUGACUCCGGGAAUCCACAUAUAACUCGAGGGAUGAAAGGGUGCAUUGAAUGGCCUCGUGGCAUGCAGAAGAGUAGUUUGAAAGCAAAGCUUUUGGAAGCAAGGAUGGAAAGUCAAAAGAUCCAGUUACGCCAAGUUUUAAAGCAGAAGAUUUAGAUAUUUCUCAACUGCCAAUCCUGCUCAGAAAGCCAGACAAAAACGAGCAGCUCCUUCUUCAACCUUCAUAAGGUAUUUAUCCCUGGCUGCCUGAGAUGUGUAAAGGUUGGCAGCGGUUUAGUAUCUUGGGAUUGAUGUUAGCCGGUUCUCCGUUUUACUCCCACAAAUUACCUGCUGGCAGCGAUUAGGUAUCUUGGGAUUGAUGUUAGCUGAUUCUCCAUUCUACUCCCACUAAUUACCUGCUUGCAUAGGGGGUUCAUCAAUUUGUGCCCACCUCUUAGGAAUGACGCUUUCAAUUGAACAGCUGGGUUAUUCUGUCACUGGUGAUAUUUUGGUUGUUGAUGAUAUUAUGUAGCAUCCACUUUGCGGGUGAUUUAGACAACGACGUAUACCAUAUUCACUGUACUAUUUAAAAUCCCGGGCAACCAUCAAGGAAAAUCAAAUUGUUGUAGAGGCUGAAACAUUGGCAUUCUGUUCUACUUUGUAAUUUUAUUCUGAUAUGUCUCUUGAAAUUGAACAUGACAACAGUGUUUAAUAGUCCUCUAUUCUUCUGCAAUUCAAUUCGUGAUUC